AUGACUGGACUCGAGGACACCCUCGACUUUCUCCGUGUCGCGUCUCGAGUCUAUAUAACAAAUCGCGCCUCCUUGAUUUCUUUUUCGACCACCCUGCAUAUCAUCUCCAUCAACCUCAUCACACACAGCUUCAUGGACAAGGUCGCCGACGUCAUCGAGCAGGCGAAUCGCCAGAAGCGGCCAGUCAAGCAACCCACCUUCUCCAACCUCACCCUUCCCUCCGACUACGACCACCUCAACCUCGUCACCCGACUAUGGCUUCAGUCACGUAUCAUCAAGCCAAAGGAAUGGGAGGAGAAGGAGAAAGAACGGGAGAAGCGUAGGGAGGAGAGGGAGAAGGAGCGACAACGGCGGAAGGAGAAGCAAGCUCUGGAGGACGGCUCGACGGAACCGGUUACCACCAAGGACGAGAAAGACAGCAAAGAGGUUGAUCGAGCCGACGGAGCCUCAACGCCAGCGAGCGAGGCGUCGUCCUCCAGUGCGUCGUCAUCCUCUACCAGCGCUACCUCCGUUGACGACCUUGCAGAUGAAAAGCUUGGGUUAACAGUCUCACGAUCAACCGACGGGCCCCUGUUCCGCGCGGCGGGCAGCCCACGCCCGAAGACCUUGGCGGAGGUCUGGCUCUGGCUAGAUCUCUGCCGCGAGCUGUCACCAUUCUUGACCAAGGGUGUCCGGAAGCUCCAUCCGAUGCGAUUGUUCAUCUAUCUGUUGGAGCAGAUGUCUGAUCGCUUGCAUACGACAGUGAACUCUAUGAUCUCGAGCUCCGGAAUGGCGAUGAUCCUCUAUCGCGAGCUCACAGGAAGGCUCUUCAAUGACAACAGCACUAAGCUUCACUUCGAGCGCCAGUAUCUCUCUAUGCGGCUGGAGGCUCCACCGCAUGGCACGGACGAACUUUCUUCCGCGCUCGUGUAUGAGGCGGGUAUCUUCUCCGGUAUGGAGAGCGCACCCUACUACCACAGCGGACCGUUUGGCUUGGUGAAUGGUGUUAGCGGUGCUCUGGCUGAGCUUGUGGAUAUCGCAGCCCAGGUCACUAUGCUCGUGCAGGCUAUUGGUGGUCUCGAGCAGAUUAAGAAGCGUGACCCCAAGAGUCUUACGCUGAUCGGACUCGCCUUUGCUCCCACGUUGAUCACCAAACUGUCUGACUUUGUCUACAGCUUUGAUGAGGACGACGACGAGUACGAGCAGCACGAGGAGGAUGUGACUGAGUUUGAAAACGUCGAGUACUUGAUGCGAGAAAUCGCCACCUCGACGAAGUACAAGCAGGAGGCUACGCUGUUCGGUCUGCACGACUGGUGUCUCAAGACGUGGGACAAGGCACGCGAGAUGCUGCAGGCGCAAUCCUGGGAGCAGAGCUUCCAGUCGCAGGCGAAGAGCGUCGGCUUCAAGCUCCUCAACGAGAUGGCCGGAACGGCGUUCUACACUAUCGACACCGGUCUGUCGCUCGGUUCCAUUCACACGUACCAGGGCACCGCGCGCCAGCUCGUGUACUCUGUGAGGCGACUGUUCAACCACCUGAACCUCUCCUAUCAGUCGGUCUUCUAUGCCGCCGCAUUCGCCGGCGCUUCCGAACCGUCUCCACGCGGCCUGGACAUCGACUUUGAGACUACUCGCCAGAACGGAGGAAUGCGGAUCGAGGCGAAGGAUCUUUCCUUCACGUACCCCGGUGCGGACAAGCCAACUCUAACCAACGUCAACCUCACGAUCGAGCCUGGGCAGACUCUCGCUAUCGUCGGAUACAAUGGUGGCGGCAAGACGACUCUCGUCAAGCUGCUGACGGGACUCUUCGAGCACAGCUCUGGAUCUCUGACGAUCAACGGCGUCGCCCCCCGGGACUUCAACUCGAAGACGCUGCACAAGCGCAUGUCGGCUCUGUUCCAGGACUUCAACCGCUACAACCUGACGCUCCGCGAGAACGUCGGCAUGGGUUUGGUGGAGAAGAUUGAGGAUCGCGCCGCGGUGAACCAGGCCAUCGAGGACGGAGGUGCCCAGGCCAUCCGCGCCAAGGGUGGACUGGAGGCGACGUUGAACCCGUGGGGCGAGCCCGAGCCGCCGAGGAUGGACAUGAAGACGUGGAGGGACGUAGACUCGGAUGACGACAGCGACGACGAUGGCUCGUGGGUGCAGCUGUCGGGCGGACAGUGGCAGCGUGUUGGUCUCGCCCGUGCCUUCAUGCGUGCAAAGGAAAGCGACCUGGUCGUCUUCGACGAGCCUUCGUCGGCCCUCGACCCUCGCGCCGAGGCCGAGUUGUUCAACAACAUUCACAACCUGACGAACAUCGCGGGCACGACGACCGUGUACAUCUCGCACCGCUUCAACACUGUGCGCAAGGCGGACCGCAUCGCCCUCAUGGAGAAUGGAGUGAGUAUGACGAGCACAGCUGGUAGGCGACAACGUCGAGCUGACAUACAGACCAUUGCCGAAUACGGAACGCACAAGGAGCUCAUGGAGAAGAAGGGACAGUACUACGAGCUGUUCACCAUGCAGGCGGAGGGCUACCUCGACAAGUCGGAGACGGCUACACCUGCUGAGGCGGCUGUCGAGGGUGCCAACACUCCCGCGGAGUCGGCGUGA